UUCAUUUGAAUGCAAAUGCAUUUGGGGGCCAGGCAGUUAUCUCUGACAUCAGACAGGGCCUUAGUAAACUGUUACUGCCAGCACCUGGUCACACCAUUGUUAGUCAUUAGUAGCAAUGAGACUCCACAGCUAGCAGGGGUCAUUUAUGGAUAGACUGAAGGAGUGAAGCAAGAAGCAAGGGUCAUUUUAAGAGGACUAUACAGCUAAUGAUGACCACGUAGGAACUGAUACAACUAUGAACGUCGCAUAUCCUGGGAGUAAAUCCGGUAACAUGUACCCACUUUCUGUAAGGCCAACAAAUAACAACCAUGGAGGGCAGAAUUAUGUGUCCAGUCAGCCAUACUUUAACUAUGUGGCUUAUCAUCAUGUACCAACCAUGGAUAACCAAGUGCAGUCCUGUGGAGUCUGGGGAUCACAGUAUGGAUCACCUCGGGAAGACUGGAGCACUUACUCUGCUUCACCAUCCAGCGCAAAUACCAUACAGACCUCUGACUUAUCACCCAGCCAAUUUCCUUACAAUUCUCCUGGCUAUAAUUCUCCACAUCCUUCUGGACUUGGGAUUAUGCAUACAGCUGAAGGAAAUCAUACAGCUGCACACUCGCCCAGUGGUCAAAGUCAAAACUCUUAUGAAUGGAUGAGAAAAACAGCACAAUCUACAUCUACAGGUAAGACAAGGACGAAGGAAAAAUAUCGGGUUGUUUACACUGACCAUCAGAGACUGGAGCUUGAAAAAGAAUUUCAUUAUAGUAGAUAUAUUACUAUAAGAAGAAAAAGUGAACUUGCUGCUAAUUUAAGCCUUUCUGAAAGACAGGUAAAAAUUUGGUUCCAGAACCGAAGAGCGAAGGAGAGAAAGCUUUUCAAAAAGAAAAUGAAUCAGUUUGAUGGAUCCGGCUCUUUGCAGAGUGAUUCCAGUUCAGCCAGUCCCAAUCCACACUGUGACUCUAUGGUACAAGGGGAAAUGACAAGCUCUUCAUAUCAACCACGACAACUUGGACUCAAUGGCCUGCAUCCCGAUGACAUCAUACAUCAUGUUGUUGUGUAAAUGGGAAGCUUAAGCACAGCCAAUUACAACCAUGACUAACUAUAAGACAUUAAGGAUUUCCUUUGUUGACUUUUAAGACUGAAAACUGUUACUCUCUUUAACAGAGGUAGAAUUGAGCAGAAAUAGCAACUACGCAUCAAAAAAUGUCUUACCUGUCAUGCAAGAAGAUGCUAACAAAAUUGUUACAAUUCUCCUGAAUAAACUGAAGGAAGAAGACAAUGUUACAAUUUUUAUAACCUACCAAGGAGUUCCAAAGUCAAAUGACUGGUUUACUUUGGUGAACUAAGAACUAAUUUGUACAUCCUUUUAAAUGUUACAUAAAGCUACUCUUAUGCCUCGUACACACGAUCGGAUAUCUGAUGGAAUCUAAUC